CCAGAGUGAGGCUUUCAUUAAAAGUGAGGCAUUAACAGGCGCCCGAUAUUUACAGAAAUAACAAACUGGCCAAAGAGCAACAAAUUACAAACUGAAUUUUAUUAGCUUGUUCAAAAGAAAACCCAAACUUCAAUCAUGCCUGAGAAAUCUUGCAGCAUGUUGGUCUGUUCCUUGUCUGUCUCCCUAAAACGAAUGGUGUGCGACUUCAGGAUUUGGCGUCUACAUGUUUAAACGGACACGUGCACACUGCAGUCCUACUAGGAAGACAUUGUGUUUUAGAAGACCGACAUGACCAUGAUGCUGCCCAUUUGCUCAUCAACUUAGCCUAUAAAAGGCCUAUUUUGUUUGAAUAAAGGUGAUGUGUAGGAACUCAAAUUUCAGUGAUAUCUCUGCAGUGUGCAGGAGGCUUGACAGAUCCCAUGGGAUGAUGCGGUGCAUUAUACGUUGAUAAGCCUAUUCUUUGCCAUGUUAUAACCCUAUUCGGACAGGUAUUACUAGACGUUAUUCCAGAGGAUUCACACAGGAUUAGUUUUUUUCCAAUUUAAUUGACUCUUAUGAUGGAAGCUAGGAGGUUUUGAUAAUAGACCAAUAGACCACUGAUAACUAGGGUUGGGCAGUAUCUAGAUGUUCAUACAGUCCUUCUCUCAUCCCAGAAUAUACUGUGUUACCGGCUUAGUACACAAGUGGGUGCCAAAAAAACCCUGCAAAAAGGCCCAUUGGGCUUCUAUUACCAGAAUUAUUACAAAAUUAGCACAAGUAACAGUGUAUUUCCAUGGAGGCAGCUAGCUAAAUAUGAUAAGGGGGGCAAAACAAAAAUAAACAAAUAGCAAAAAUUGCCAAUCCAGCUUGUAAAGUUAUACAUUGUUGGUGAGUUUGGACAUUUACAAGCAAAUGCGAAUGAGACAGUGCAAAUGAACAAAGUUUUGACGCUUGCUUGAAGUAUAGUACUGGCUCUGGAGCAGCAUGUGUACACUCUGUGUCUGUGAGUUGCUAGGGCAACGUGCCUGCCUGCUCUGCUCAGAGGGGGGAGGAGCAGACGACCGAGAACAGAGGAGAAAAAGGCGCAAGGAAAUACAGCAGACGGAGGGUCCAGAGGAGGCGGUGCCAGUACACAUGGAACUGCUGGGUAGUUUCCACAGUCUGAUCACCUCGGUAGAGCAGCUCCAGUCCAGCUACCUGCACAACCCUGACAAGUACAGUGAUGGGGAGCUGGCCACACCUCCACGCAAGCUACUAAACACACUCAGACAGCUGAACCCCAUGUACGAAGGCUACUUACAGCACGAUGCCCAGGAGGUGCUGCAGUGCAUCCUGGGAUAUAUCCAGGAGGCCUCUGAGACCAUCAGGAAGGAACAGGACAAUGUCAUAGAGGUCAAGCCAGGCAGUUCUGCCCCUGUGGGCACCAACGGGGCUUCAACAGAAGAGCAGGCCCAAACUUCAGAAACAUCACUUGAUGAUGAUGAUGGCCAAACCAGUGGUAAGAGGAAGAGCGAUACAGAGGCAGGCAAUGCCAAGAAGAAGCCAAAAUCUGUCAAGUCCAAGAAUGCUGCUGCUGUUGCAGCCAACGAUGGCAAACCCCUCACUCGCUCCAAGAGGAAGUCUACUGGUGGCAUCACUGUAGCGCCAAAAGACAAAGCUGAAGAAGAGGGGGAGAAAAAGCAGGAAGAAGAGGCAGAGGAGGAAAGUAAUGUGGAGGGGAAAGGAGAGGUAGAGGUGGCCCCUAAAGAAGUGGAGGUUAAGGGGAAGAAGAGGCCCAAGUUGUGCUGGCCGAGGCACUCGGGGAAGCAGCCCAGUAUCUUCUCUAAGUUCAUGAGUAUGGGACGGAUCAGCUGCCACACAGGAGGGAAGACCGAGACAGCCAAACCUGACCAGGAGGAGACUGGUCCUAGCCAACCUCAGGAGAAUGAUGAUGGGGAACACGGGAGGAACCCUCAGGAGAAGGUAACAGAAGUGCCCGAGGAGGAGAAAGCUAAAAGUGAAGAGUGCCUGGGUGUGGACAUGAUGGAGCAUCUGUUCCAGGGCUGUCUGGUGUUGAGGACGCGUUGUCUGGAGUGUGAGUGUUACACCGAGAGGAGAGAAGACUUCCAGGACAUCAGUGUCCCAGUGCAGGAGGAAGAACCCUGCAACCCAGACAGCAGCUCAGAGGUCUCCCCUGAUCCCAAACCGGUGCUGAAGACUCUGACGUGGGCCAUCUCCCAGUUUGCCUCAGUGGAGAGGAUUGUAGGGGAGGACAAGUACUUCUGUGAGACCUGCCACCACUACACAGAGGCUGAGAGGAGUCUCCUGUUUGAUAAAACCCCAGAGGUCGUCACUAUCCAUCUCAAGUGUUUCUCAGCCAACGGGUUAGAGAUGGACCCGUACGGCGGCCUCUCAAAGGUGAACACCCCUCUACAGACCCCACUGAAGCUCUCUCUGGAGGAGUGGUGCACGCACCCCUCAGCCACUGCCACCGGAGGGCAGCACUACCAGCUGUUUGCUGUGGUCAUGCACAGCGGGGUCACCAUCUCCAGUGGACACUACACCACUUACAUCAGGAUGAUGGACCUUAAGGACACCAAGGUCCGCCUGCCCGAGGGGGAUGAGAAGCAGGGAGAAGAGGACUGUGGCGGGAAAGUGCCGGGUCCGGAACCCAAAGAAGAGGUGCUGGAUUAUGACGAUGGGGAAGUGUCCUUCAGUCUCUGUGGUAAAGCAGGACAGAGUGGUUCUGUGAAUGCUAACUCCACCAACACCAGUAAGAUGGGCUCCAAGAAGGCUUCAGACGGGGUAGGACUUCUGGGGGGUCAGAGGAGCCUGUCCAGCUAUGACCUAGGGGGCAACAAGCAGACAACCAACCCAGACAAAGCUGCCUGUACUGGGGUAGAGAGCAACACCACCAGAUCAUCCAGACGGACCUCCAGUGCCCCGGGACACAGUGGUAGUGGAGGGGUUAAGAAGGAGCCUGGGGAGGGUGAGGGGCGCGAGGAGGCCUCUGUGGCUGGGUGUGAGGGGUUUGGGGUGGCUACGGAGCAGGCCCUAAGCAGCCUGCUGCAGUAUGAAGGGAAGUGGAUGCUGUUUGACGACUCUGAGGUGCAUCUCUUUGAGGAGGAGGACUUUCUGAGAGCCUGUUCUCCAGAAACCUGCUCCACAUCUACCCCAUAUCUUCUGUUCUAUAGAAGGGUCUGAAACUUCUCUAUGUUGGUGGGUGAAUGAAGUAUUUUCUCAGAUGUCAUAGGGAAAUGUUGAGAGCAUUGGAAAAGAUCUCCUGAGGUUUUGAGAACGAGUCAACUUGAGAUUCAGCCUGGUUGGCUUGCUGGGUUUGAUACUCCUGUCACUGAUGUUUAUAACCUGUAUAUGUCCUUUUUAAAAUGUUUUACUAUUCAGUUUAUCCUCUUUUUUGUUUGCUGGGAAUAUAACAUUGGCAGUCUACAAAAAUGCACCUUCGCACUUAUGACAUCAAGCAACCUGCCCUUUGAUUUUCCUGCCCUCGUGUUGGAAGUGGUCUGAAUGGAAAGUACAAGGUUUCUCCCUGGCACCUUUUUUUUUCAGAUUAUUUUUUUAUAAAGAGCACAUUUUUAUUCUUGUACAUCUUUAUCCUGUUCUGGCUUCGUGCCUUCUAUCUGUUGAUUAAUGUUCAUACUGUUGGUCUGUCAGAAAUAAGAGGACUAGUUUUGGCCAUAAUGUUUAAGUUCAGUUAGAUUCAGGCACUGGCCGUCUGGUUCUUGGUGGAAGAACUUUUGCACGUGAAGAAACCUAAAUGACUUCUCUUGGUUGGUCAUUUUGUACAAGGUUUUAUAAGUGAAUUAAAGCAGUGAUGAAAUACCUAGCCAAUAAGAUAGACAAUCACUUUACAAAAUGCUAGUACAACAAUGCAUAGCUGUUAGUCUCAGAUUUUAUAUGUAUAGAGGGGGAAGUAGACUGUUUUGGCUUCAGGGAUUGUCUACCCUAGGGCUCUAUUCAAUCCGUAUUGCAGAAGUUCAGCUUUAAAUUUAACGCCAAUGUUCCUGCUUUAGUGGAAACUGCAUUCACGGUAGACGCUGCGGAUAUCUGCUCAAUGGGGAAAUUACCUUUAAAUGUAUAUCGCGGAAUCUAAUGUUUCAGCUUUACAGAUUGAAUAGAGCCCCUAGUCUUGGCUUUUUCCUCGGUUGGUUUUCUCCUGAAGUUGUGCAGUUCUGUUCAAUGGCAGUACCUCAUUCCAGUGAAAAAGGUCUGUGGCCAUACUGUCUGACUUACUGGCCCUAUGAAAGAGCAUACCUAGAAUGAUAAAGUACUACACAAGCAAUAAAGUUUGAACUUUCAUGUAAAACGGACUUUCUGUUCAUCCUUUCCCUGCUGUGAAGUGUUAUAGAUUUAAAAUAAAUGGUUUGGCUUUGAAACCGGGACAGUAGAGUUACUUUUUAAUGUGAAUAAUUCCCACUCUCCUGUACAUGUAAUAAAGCACUGCAUUUCCAAAUGUUAUUUAACUAAUA